GGAAAAAAGAAAAGAAAACUUGUGAAUGAUACUAAUAUUUCAAUGCCAGCUAUUGGCAUUGUUGCAAAUACUCAACACCUUCCUCUAGGUUUUAGCACUUCACGAAAACCUAAUCAAUCUGUUUUGUGUGAUUAUUCGUUAUGUACUAAAGCUGAUAUUCAUGUAUAUACUAACUUAUUAUCCCCUAAUUUAAAAAUAUUAGCCUGUGGUCAUAAGUAUCACGUAGAAUGCUUAGAAGAAAUUG